AUGCUCGUGCGACGUUGGGCGGAGUUGAGCAAUAUUAUGCCUCGGCUGACGUAUUUCUUUGAUUUCUUGGUACGGCAAUCCCUGCGUUUUCUUUUUGUUUUCAUGAACCCAGCUUUAUGCCCGUCGUCAUUGGUCGGUCUGGUUCUGAGCGUACUCGUUCACCAGCCAAUCAGGGACGAGCAGGCCUCCAAGUUCGGACGCGUCUGGACACGCGACAUGCGCGUCACGAUCGCGUUCUCCAUGUGGGUCUCUUUCGAUGGAGCCAGCUCGCGUCAUCCAGUAAUCUACGACCCAAAAUCUACAAUGUUUUCAGGUGCACCAGGAUUAUUUUCCCAACGAGUUACCCUGGACAAGAAAGACCGCCACAAACGGAGCGAGCCCGAGGGCUCGGGACGCAAUUUAUGCGAACAAGUGUGGCACAUGCCUCUAGUCCAGAUCCGAACUCAACACUCGGAGCAAUCUGUAACCCUAGUUGGCUGCUUCAACGGCCGAGUGGUGAGCACGGACGAGAGGAAGGAGGAGAGGCCAAAAAAAAAGGAAGAUCUUGGACAUGGACUGACUAAUUUGGCUGCGACCCCCCGCGUGCAGAUUUUGCCUCAGACUCAGACAAUCGAAAACAACCAAAGACUGACCGAACCCACGGCAAUUGGCAUCCAUACAUACUCAUAG